GUUAUUUUAGGAUGCGGAACACACUGGAAGUGGAAGCAGCAGGAACAAUCGACAGGGUUCUUCUGGUGUUCUCAAGAGACCACACCCACACAAGCCUGAGGAUGACACGGAAUUGAAACGCUUGUGCCGUCAUGUAAUGGAUGGUAAAAUUGUUCUUAAUUACUGGGAUCAACAUGGAGAGCUGAAUGAUGACAAUCGAGUCUUACUUGCUGGUGUCGUAAUGAACGAAUAUCUGCAAGAUGAUUGUGACAAAAAGUUUCCUGUGGAUGAGGAGAAGCGUCUGACAGAUAGAAUUCUUAAAUCGUUUCCCAAUGAAAAAAAGAAUAUUUGGAUGGCACCAGAGGAAUUCAGCAGAGACUCUGCUGCAGGACGGGGUAUUCUCCUUAAGGCAUAUUAUAAUAAGUGACGUGUUAUGAAGAAAGGCGAACUUCUGAAAAAGAAAGCAUCUUCUACAGCCAACACAUCUGUUAAUAUUGAAGAUUUGGCUGAUAUAGAUGAUGGUGUUGAUCCAGAUGAGUUUGAAGAGAAACUUCUAUGGCUGACAAACAAUAAAACUCUCUGCCCAAGGCUUACCGAGUAUUGGAAAUUUACAUCUAAGGGCAGAUUGAGGAAGUUUAUGUCUGAGAAAAUUCCUAUCACUGAGUACAUGCAAACGUACCCAGCCCUAUCAGAAAUGACUGGAUAUUUGUUGCUUGAGUCAGACUUUGAGACGCUCUUGGAAGGUGCUAGCAUGCAGCUCUAUGCUUCAUGGCCAACUCUUGCUGCUUUCAUAGAAUCCAAAGUGCCCAAAAAUGUGAAAGAAGCAAUCCUCGAUCCAUUCACUCCAGAGGGAAAGAAAAUUAAGACCAUUCAGGCACUACCCUACCUUUUCAAUGUGGUCACUGCAGCUAAGAAGGGGAAGAACAAACAAUGGAGACCAUCCAGAGAAAAAAGUGCGGAGUCCAUACUUCUUCAUGUUCUUGACUCUGCAGCUAUCUUGACUACUCUUGCCACUCGCCUCAAAGACAAGUACGAACCGUUCAACCUUAGUCUAGGGCCUCAAGCUAUAGUGGUUGGUGACACUGUGGACAGCAUCACCAAAAGCUAUGUCCGUGUUAAUUCUAUCCUCUAUGAAGUGGACAACCCACUUAAAGCUGUUGACAUAGCUUUCAAGAUCAUGCAUACUCUGGACUGCCAGUACCCGAAAGAAAGUGAACGUGAAUGGUUCUUCCUUGAAAGGAGUGUCUACGCCAUCAAUGCGAACAAGAAGAACCCUCUGACAGUGAAAAUUUCCUCCAUCUCGAAUGACUUCUCUCGUUUCCAAUCUUAAUCUUAAUCUCUCCAAUUGUCUAAGU